GGAGUCCGGGAGAAGAUGUGCGUGGGCGUCUUGAUCUGCACGUGGGUUGUCAUCACGACUAAUCCUGAGUAUUUAGUGCGCGUCCCCCUGAGAUACUAGGGGAAUACAGGAACCUGAGAAGAGGCUCCAAGGCACAAGAGGAGAAAGUUUCUUCAUCUGUAAAAUUAGGAGCAUUUAGCAGGUUAUUUGAAGUCCCUUCAAGCUGUUAUAGAAGUGUGAUUUUAAAGGUUUGAACGGGAUUAGAUUAUAUGUCAGUGCUAACCAAACACCAGUAGUACCGUGUGGAUUACAGUCUGAGUUGCCCCUCUCUCUUUGGCAAUUACGGUAGUGACCUGUGCCUUUAAAAAAAAAAAAAGGAAAGAAAAAAAAAAGCUACCCCACCAUCUUCCCCAGGAAACCUUCCACUCUUGAGUGUGAGGCUGAGAACCUCCUUCGCUGAGCUGCGAAGGAUGCUAGGGCACAGAUAAAGGGCCCAGAGAAGCUGGUGCUUACCGUGUGAAGGCAGAGUCCCGGACGCCGCAGUCACGAUUCCAUCCCAAGAAGUCGCGUGGUUCCCGGCUCCGCAGCCUCAGGAUGGACAAACCUCAUCCGCCCGAGAGCAACUUAACCUCAGAUGAUGGCCAGCCAGAGGUUGUCAGAAAAGAAUCUAUACAUCUUUCAAGAGAACAGGUUUCUACACUAAUAUCUGCUGCUUCUGUUAAUUUGGGAUCAAUGAUGUGCUAUUCAAUAUUGGGACCAUUUUUCCCUAAUGAGGCUGAAAAAAAAGAUGUCAGCAAUACAGUUAUUGGAAUGAUCUUUGGAUGUUAUGCUGUGUUCAACUUGCUGUCAUCCUUGUUAUUUGGGAAAUAUCUUGUAUUCAUUGGAGCAAAGUUCAUGUUUGUGGCAGGAAUGUUUGUCUCAGGAGGAACUACAAUUCUCUUUGGUAUGUUGGACCGAGCUCCUGAUGGACCAGUAUUUAUUACUAUGUGUUUUCUAGUGAGAACGGUGGAUGCAAUGAGCUUUGCUGCAUCAAUAACUGCUUCAUCUUCUAUUGUUGCAAAAGCUUUUCCAAAUAACGUAGCUACAGUGAUGGGAAGCCUUGAAAUCUUUUCUGGGCUGGGCCUAGUUUUGGGACCUCCUCUCGGUGGUUUUUUAUACCAAACCUUUGGCUAUGAAGUACCCUUUGUUUUUCUUGGAUGCUUAGUUCUACUGAUGGUGCCACUCAACAUGUAUAUUUUACCUAAUUAUGUAGAUUCUGCUCCUAGUCAACACUCAUUCUGGAAACUGGUUACUCUACCCAAGGUUGGACUGCUAUCACUUGUCAUCAUUUCAUUAAGUGGAAGCUUUGGCUUCUUGGAUCCUACACUGUCUCUCUUUGUAUUGAAUAAAUUUAAUUUGUCAGCAGGAUAUGUGGGGCUCGUAUUUCUGGGGCUGGCAUUAUCAUAUGCUAUCUCUUCACCCCUCUUUGGACUACUAAGCGAUAAAAUUCCAUACCUAAGGAAAUGGCUCCUGGUUUCUGGAAACAUAAUAACAGCAGUAUGCUAUAUGCUUUUAGGACCUGUUCCCAUUUUGCAUAUUGAAAGUCAGCUCUGGCUGUUAGUCCUAGUACAGGUUGUGAAUGGCAUCUCUGCUGGAAUGAGUAUAAUACCAACUUUCCCAGAGGUACUCAGUUGUGCAUAUGAAAACGGAUUUGAAGAAGGAUUAAGCACAUUGGGACUUGUGUCUGGGCUUUUUGGUGCAAUGUGGUCACUUGGAGCAUUCAUAGGACCAACACUAGGUGGAUUUUUGUAUGAAAAAAUUGGUUUUGAGUGGGCUGCAGCUGUACAAGGACUCUGGGCUCUAAUCUCUGGACUGUUAAUGGGACUAUAUUACAUUGUGGAGCACUGGCGAAGAAAGAGGUGUGAACUCCAAAAUACCCUCCACACGGAAGAAGAAAGAACAUCUCUGUUGCCCCAUGGGAUAUAGCCUUAUAUACCCUGGAUUGAUAGAAUACUUGAAGCUAUAUUUUCUUUACUUUUAGAAAUCAGAAAUAUUAUUUUCAGAAAGAAGAGCCCACAAACAGAACACAGGGCCCUAAAACCAGCCUUCUGAACGAGUUGACACUACCUUUUGAAUGAUCCAGAGUUAGGUGGUCAAGUGCCCUGAAAAGUUGGCCAACUUCAAUACAUUUGAUGUGCAUUGUGCAGGGCAAAUGGAAAAUUCUGUGAAUUUGUUUUUAUGUGUAUGUCAAAGCUCCUUGCUUUUUGGGCUGGGUGGCUGAAUGAAUUCAAGUUUCUUACAACUUGAGUGUAUGUUUUACCAAGUGCAGUCAUUCUGUAAAUGCACCUUUUUAUAGGGGGGCUGGGGAGAGAGACUGACUUAACUUUUCUCUGAGUAACUGAUGACCUCAGUGAACUUAUACAAUGACUCAACCUCAGUGACUUAAUAAUGACUCAAAAUAUUUGAAAGAAUGAAUUUGAAAUUAAGUGAAAGAUCUUCUUUCAUAGUGUUUAACUCAUUUGUCUAUCUGGUUCAGAAAGGAAAAUUCCUUCUUACUGUGGUUGAAAUAUAAAGGGUCCCUUCUUUCUUUAAAAAGAAAAAGAAAGGAAAGGAAAAGAAUAAUCUGUUGUACUUUCGAAUGGCACAUGAACAACAUUGCUUAAGUUUGUCUUUUUAUAACAUAUAAAUCUGGACUUACGUAAUAAGAUUUAUCCCAGUUCGGCAACCUCAGGCUCAGUUUCCUCAUCUAUAAAAUAGAGAGAUCAUUUACCUCAGAGGUUUUCUAUUAAAACAAUAGACUUGAAAACUCCUGUUAUUUAAAUUAGAAGCCCUAGACCGACAUUCAGGUUCAGUACUUCCUGUUUGCAGACAGAGGACACCGCUGCCCUAGAUCCAGCUUGGGAUCAUCUUGGACUCCUUUUACUUACCCACCCCUCUCCCCCACCCCCCAUAUCCAACCCAUUGCCAAAUCUUGCCAGUUCUACCUUCACGACAUCUUUUCUAGACAUCACCUUUUCUCCACAAACAAAUAACCACCAUCCUUGUUCAGGUUUUCAUCACCUCCUGCCUAGAUGUUUGCAAUGGCCUUCAGAUUGGUUCCCCUUCCUCCUGUCUCUCCUUUCUCCAAACCAUCUUUUAUUCAGCUGUCAGAGUGAUUUUCCUAAAGCUUAGUUCUGUGUGGGUCACCUCCCUGCUCAGCAAAUGUCAGUGGCUCACUAUUCUCUCUAGGAUCAAAUAUAAAAUACUCUAUUUGGUAUUUAAAGCCUCUUCACAACCUGGUCACUUCUUACUUUUCUGGUUUUAUUAUACCUUACUGCCCUCUAUGCAUGCUGCAGUCCAGUUAUGAUAAUUUAUUUGCUAUUCCUUGUGUCUUUGCACUGGCUGUUCCUUGUGAUUGCAAUGUUCUCCCUCAUCUUCCCUUAAUUUCCCUGUUUUUCCCUGAAGUUGUUGUUGCUGUUCAGUGUCCAACUCUUCAUGAGCCCAUGGACCAUAGCAUGCCAAUAUUGUCCAUAG